UUUGCUGAGAGAAUUGAUUAACAUUCAUUGGGAGCCUCUGGAGAAAGAGAGGGAAGGGGAAAGAGAGCAAGCAAGGAGAAAGGGUGGUUAGCCGAUUCUUCCAAUCCCAGCUACAUAGAAGUUGGGACACAAUCGGACACAGAAUGGCUAUUUGUAACUGGGGUCCUUGGUGACGUAUGGCUGAGUGUUUCCUGGCACAAAUCUUUAUGGACCAGUAAGCAGAGCGAAAUUGAAGCUGACAAGACUUUUUGCAUUUUGGAAAGGACUGUAAUCUACUGUAGUGAAGAACAGAGCCACUCAAUCACUGCUGCUGUAAAUAAGAGACAGAAGGGAGUAAGAAAGAAAGAAGAGAAAAAGAUUUUGCUGGGAGGAGGGGGGAGAAAGCAUUUUUGGUGGAUGGUAUGAAGCCAGCCAUGGAAACUGCAGCAGAGGAAAAUACAGAACAAAGCCAAGAGAAAAAAGUGAUCACCAGACCAGAAAUGGAAAUUGGCAGGUACCACUGGAUGUACAGGAGUUCAAGGCCACACCAGUACCAUCAUGUGCCAGCAUUGAGAGGCAAUAUUAGUCCUUUGGGGAUUCAAGGUUGCUUUGAAUGUUGCAUUAAGUGCCUGGGAGGAGUUCCAUAUGCUUCACUUGUGGCAACCAUUCUCUGCUUUUCUGGGGUAGCAUUGUUUUGUGGCUGUGGUCAUGUGGCUCUCACUGGAACCGUAUCUAUCCUUGAACAACACUUCUCCACAAACUCCAGUGACCAUGCUUUGCUGAGUGAAGUCAUACAGCUAAUGCAGUAUGUAAUCUAUGGCAUUGCAUCAUUUUUUUUCUUAUAUGGAAUAAUCCUUUUGGCGGAAGGCUUUUAUACAACAAGUGCUGUGAAGGAGCUACAUGGUGAGUUCAAAACAACAGCCUGUGGCCGAUGCAUCAGUGGAAUGUUUGUUUUCCUCACAUAUGUGCUUGGAGUGGCCUGGCUUGGGGUCUUUGGCUUUUCUGCUGUGCCUGUCUUUAUGUUCUAUAACAUAUGGUCAACUUGUGAAGUCAUCAAAUCACUCCAGACAAAUAUGACAGCUUCAGGGGACCAGAUCUGCGUGGAUGUCAGGCAAUAUGGUAUCAUCCCUUGGAAUGCUGUGCCAGGCAGGGCUUGUGGGCCAAUUUUAGAGAACAUCUGCAACACAAAUGAGUUCUACAUGUCCUAUCACCUGUUCAUUGUGGCCUGUGCUGGAGCUGGUGCCACUGUCAUAGCCCUGCUGAUCUACAUGAUGGCUACCACAUAUAACUAUGCUGUUUUGAAGUUUAAGAGUCGGGAAGAUUGCUGCACUAAAUUCUAAAUUGCAUAAGCCCAGUAAAGAGCUGCAUGCAUAGCCUGAAAUACCACUGACACCCUAGACUAAGAGUCUAGCUUUUCAAUUUUGUUACAGUAAUUUGUAAAUAGCUUCAGUAAGCAUCGUUUAGCAUAUCAGAUUAAUAAAAUGACUUAUUGUAUAUGAAUUUUGAUGUGGAUGAGAUCUGGCUAUUUUCUAAACGUUGAGAGGAUUCAGUUACUUUAGAUGUUGCAAAUCAUCCUCUGAAGAAAGAAGUUAUCUCUCAAACAAAUUUUUAAAUGCCAGUGAUUAGUUAUUUUUCUCUCUCCUGUGCACUAAUUUCAAUAGUGAGAAUAAAGCAUACAUUACAGCUCAUGUACAAGGGACCAGGGUGAUUAGAAGAGUGCCGAUGCAUAGCUGUUUGACUGACAUACAGAACCAUGUGUUUACAAAUGUAUUUUAAAAAAAGGCUCCAUAUACAUUUGCCAGUAUUUCCAAUGUGUGGAUGACAAAGUCACAAGGUACAGCCAGCCUAUUAGUGAGGCUUUAGGAAACUCUACAAAAAUUGAAACUUCAGUACUAAAUUUUCAAACAACUGCCAAAUCAUGCUUUCUCUGGAAAAAGAAAGUACCAUGCUCUUGCGCUGCGUAAAACAAUCACUUUCCUUUUUGGACUCCAAACUGACCAUAAGAAACUGCGUUUAGGUCACUUCUGUGCUGGUACUGUUUAUGAAGUAGUAACUGAUUUCUCAGUAGCCAGAUCUCAAAAUAUAAGUUUGACUGUAUGGGAAGCUAAACUGUGCAUAGACCAACACUGCUGAAAAGGCACAAAAGAAUUCAGGUGUUUUCAGAUGUAGGUUUUUCUUGCAUGAAAUUUGGUGAAAAGAAGAUGGCAAGAGAUUUUUACUGUGCAAACGGAAACAAUUUCUAUAUAUGCUCAAACUUUACCUGAAAGUAGACAAUGAGAGUUUAAAAAAAAAAAAGUUACAAAAAUGCCACCACUAAGAUGUGUUAACUCAGACUACAUGCUUUUGCUUAGAGUUUUGGACUCACAUUUCCUUAUUUAAUAUCCCCAUGUUAAAAUGUAGCUUUUUAUUAUUCAUAGUAAACAAUGUUUACAAUUUUAGGCUUCUUUGGGGGAUUGAAUGGGACGGGAGGGAAAUCUCACCAGAAUCUUUGCACUACAUGUGUUUAAAGAAAAACACCACAAACUUAAGCAUCAGUUAUCGACUCUAGGCUUCAGAAUAUAUAUUUGCAAAAUGCGAAAAGCUGCUUCUAUUUUUGCUUCCUUUUUUCCUGUGUUGCAUUUUAACUGAUCAGUAAAACUCUUUCGCUCAUUUUUACUACUUCUGCACACUAACACACUCGAGCUAGUUUUUAAUAAGCAAACUAGAAGAUAAGCAUGCAAAAUUCUAGAAGUCAAUUGAAAUGAGCCUCUGUGCUGUUUAACAACAGAAUGCUUAUUAAUGUAGAAUAACUUUUUGUUUUUUGUUUAAUGAACUCUUAAUCUGACUAGCAGCUCGCUUUGCCUCUUGACAUGCUCACUAGCCAUCAUGCUCACCCUUCUCUUCCAGAUCCACUUCCUCAUGAUACUGUCUUCUAACUGGGCCUACUUAAAGGAUGCAAGCAAAAUGCAAGCUUACCAAGAUAUCAAAGCAAAAGAAGAGCAGGAGCUUCAAGAUAUCCAGUCUCGGUCAAAAGAGCAACUCAAUUCUUACACAUAAAAGUUUGCCAGAGUAAUUCAACAGAAGAAUUUUGUAGUUCUGACAAAUCCUCAAACGGCUGCUCUGCAGUACAGAUGUAUUUCUACCAAACAAUCUAAUACAGAAGUGUAGAAACUUCACAUUCAAGCUCCUGGGACAUGUUCAAAGGGAACCUUCCAGUGGGUAACCGUCCUUUCUUUAGUACAGAUUUAAGAGAUUUCAGUCCAGCCAUUUUAAAAGGCAACACUUUGUAACAAGUGACCAGUCAGUCAUCCUUUUGAGACUCUUGGUAUUAAUUCUUGUGGCCUAAAGCUCCUCUACAAAAUUGUAGUGGGUGACCCAACAUGGCAAGCAGCAGGAGAUUUAUGGCCAUAAAUAAUUGCACAGUUGUGAGAUGUGAUAAAACAAUUAUCCCAGUUCUAUACCAAAUGAAACUGUGGCUAGCUCAUCAGAUUUCUCAUAGCUCAUGUUUAUUUACUGAUACAAUCUCAGCAUGUCAUAAACCAGCUGAUUCAUACAAGGGCAAGUGUCUAACUAAAAGCACUUUAUGGGCAGAAGGCAGAAGUCCAUUUUCAGAGCCACAUCUUUUUCAACGAUGCUAUAGUGAGCCACUGUCAUUCUACUGCACUUACUAUUGGCACAAGCUGGGUGCUGAGUAAUUGCUCAGCUGCUCCAAGUUUUAAUUAUUUUUAUUAACUAGUUGAUGGAAUGUAGAUGCCUGUCAGGAUAAUGAUCCCCUUCUUUGAAAAUAAAUGUCAGCUUUGCCUUAAUAUUUAUUUUCUAUAAAUGCCUUAGCAUUUAUAUAGUAGCAGGAGACCACUAUCUGUAUUAUUAAGCAAAAAGUGUUACCUUAUUAAAAUGAAACUGAUUUGACUAUUCCAAAUGAGCAGACUAGUGAAUUUGCAGUUUCACAUAAGCUAUAAAAAAUACAGCCAUAAAGCAGACCACUGGUCAGCCACCUUUCUCUACUUCGGUGCUUAAGUUUAUAGUCAGUGCUUAUUCAUUUUUGCUUUAUAAAUCACAAAAAGCCAGGGUGGUGUUCAGCAAAAAAUCUGGUGCCGUGUUAAAGUCCCACAGCAGUCUGCCUUCAUUUCGUUUUUUCAGAAACAUUCAGUGAUAUCUUGAGUAUUAGUGAUGGGUAUAUUUGGUGUGUGUUCUUUACAAAAUAUUAUAUAAAUAUGGGGGGGGAAAAAAAUCAAGUAUCAGUCAUUUGAAAAAAAAUUAAAUGGUCAAGUCAAGUUAUGUUCCCAUGUUAAGUUAAUGUGUGGUUUGAUUAGUUUUGACUGUUGGCUGAAUAUUAAAAUAAAAAGGAAACACAAGUUUCUUUAGCUAAGUCAAUAUUAAGAUGUGGACAGACAUUUUUCAAGUAUUACCUUACAGUUGGAUUUUUUGGUUAAAUGCCUAAAAGUCUAAUCUGACAGUUUUAAAAAAGGGGCAAAGUGUACGUAGAGCAGAUGACAGUGUAGCCUAGUGUUUGUUUUACCUGUUGCAUGAAGGAGAAACAUUUCUACAACAAUGCAGGUGAUGUUCUAGCCCAGUGUUUGCAUAAGGGUAAUGGAGGCAGUGUCUUAAAGCCUAAUUCUUUUCUAGUUCGAUGUAGCUAUUACUGGGAGUUUUCUGAAGUUUUGUUUAAGUAGUCUAAUAUUUUUAUGUAAAGAGCAUUAAAUUUUGCUAUGUAUAAAUUUUUGUAACCUAACAGUGAAUCAAUAUUUUCUAUCAGUGCCAAGGGCUUCCUGUAGCUAUAUCCAAGUGUUAUAAUAAAUAUUUGUAGAUAA